AUGAGAGUAGAAAUUGGCGCUGAGAAUAAUUCGGACGAAUUGGGAAAUGGGUCGAGCGGCGUUGCGGUUAUUGAUUGUGAGGCAGAUGACGUUUUGCUAGUUGACGGUGAAGCCAGCGAGAAUAUCAUCCCUGAGGACAGCGGGUCAGGAGAGGCUGAAACUGCUGAGAGCAAGUCGAGUAACCGUGCCAGUGCUGACGGCGAAACAUCCGAUGAGAAAGCAAAAUUCGAUGAAUGCGCUGCAAAACCCACUUCGGGCACCGUGGAAUAACUGGAUGAUGAUGAAGAUGUUGAAGAACCACCUGCGAAAAAGCUAAGGGAAAGAAAGUCUCCGGCACCUGAUGAUCCCGACACGCAGACAACGAAGAAGCCAGAGCUAACAAGUAGCGAGGCACUGCUGGACAAGCUGGAAGCGUAUAUCAGGGAUGCUAUUGAUAUGAAAGUUAACAUCGAAAGAAAAGUUCUGGAUGCUUUAUUAGGAGCUAUAAACAUUCAAGUUCAGCGCGAACCUUUAUCGGUUAGGAAGCUUAUAUUGGACAAGCAGCUGGUAUUACCCAAUACUAUCAGUUUCCCUCCGUCGCAGGUUUUUUUUUUGUUCGAACUGUACUGUUGUAAAAUAUCUAAUGCGGAAGGUUUGUUUGCUGUAACGGCCUUGCGCUGGUGGCCUUCAUCCACUUUCGUAGUUGCGAAACACUAUGCGACUGCUUUUCGGGCACAUUUGUUCGGGGGAGGGGACGAGGUUAGAGCAGUAGGCAGGAGCACGAGGUAG